AUGUUCGUAAAAGCCUUCAGCGUUGCAGAGGCUAAGUUUAUUUUCAAACAGAGCCAUAUCGUUAGGUCCUCAGUACAACCUUCGGCGUCUCCCGACGUAGACCAGGUACCUGAAAAUGUCGCACAGAAUGAGGCGGAUGCUGCAGUUGUUCCUGCUGUGCCUGCUGGUGGUGGACGUGUCCUGGGGCGUCCAUAUACGACCUACCGCCUGCACUACCGCGAAGCCGCCCUCUGCUCUAACGUCACCGCCAGCGCUGUACAGGCUGGCAGCGUCAUCAGGUGUGCAGCGCACGCUUCAUCGCAAAGUUCUCCUGCGUUUGUCUUCUGCGUAGAAGAGACCGCAGACUGCAUCCUGGCGACCUCAAACUAUCACGCAGGGACCUGGCUAUCCUCAGAGCCAUCCUGCCUCCUGUACUCCAGCUACCCCCUGCCACCUUUGCCUCUGCCUCAGACUCAGGGCACAAUGCAGUUCAAGCUCAGCACCGGCGCCACCACAGCUGGGGACGUGACGUCACUGAGCGCCCAGAACCUCUGCGCGGCCGAUGGCCUCCAGUUUGCUGUGGUCGCGACCGCCGCUGAGCAGCUGCAGGUCCUUGCCCAAGUGGGAGCCGAGAUCAAAGCGCGAUGCUCCAACUUCUGCCUGGCUUGGUACUGGCUUAACUCCACCCUCCAAUGGGCGGAUGGAAGUGUACCCAACAAGUGCCAGAUUUCGAUCGCUAGCCCAUCAGCGACACGAACAUGUUACGUGCAGGACUGGUCGUGGCCUGGAGUGGGAACGUACCAGUGCACUAUAAUUGGUGCCAUCCCUGUAAUCUGCCAGACUUAUCUGUGA